AUGGAGGGCGACCGGGGGUGGCAGGAAGGCGGGGAUCAACCAGCAUCCAGAAGCAGCUCGGGUUACUUUGCAUCAGAAGCAGCAGCGGCAGCAGCACCAGCGGUGAACCGGCUAUCAACCCUCAACGGCCGAGGGACAGCCUCCGAGGGACAGCCUGUUCACGACGCAGACGGCCGUGGGGCGCGUUGUGGAGCAGCAUUCCAAGGCCUCGACGCGUUGGGCGCCCAGGCUCACUGCGGUGAUGCCCUCGAAAACAGGUCGGCCUGGCACGAGGCUACGGACGGUUUGCCAUGUGUUCGACGUGGGCUUGGACCCAGUCGCGGACGGGAGACCAUCGGAGUUGGGACGCGACCAGGGUUGCUCGAAUCCGGUGUUAGGCUGGCUGGGCUGGCUGGGCGGGCCGAUGGCGUGUCGUCUCAUCGACAGAAGAGGCAAAGCAUUCAACAGACGCCGUAG